AUGGCUAAUAAGAGAAGGCCUAAGAAAACCAAACCACCAUAUCGGAAGUAUGUUGGUGGGGUAGGUUUUACUCAUACACAAGGUUUUGGCGAUGGACAAAUAAAUAAUGAUACAUGCGUUGACGAGAAGUUCAAGCAGUUGACUUUGGAAGAAAACCAACUUUGUAACAAACAUACACUACAACAGUUUACGCUCCAAACUAUUACGAUAGACCCUAAAGAAUAUAGUGGUAUGAAACUCCCGUUGGAAGUGUUCAGCAUUAUUAUUUCAAUGAUGGAAGUCCAAGAUAUUAAAACUAAUGUUCUGUUAGUUUGUAGAGCUUGGUAUCUUAUGUGCAUUCCUAGAUUGUAUCAUACGCCAGUAUUGACUAGUCGCAAUUUUUCAAGGUUUGUUGAUACCGUUUUAGGAGACAGGAAGAGGAAAACAUGUGAGCACGUAUUACAUUUGGAUUUAUCACCAAUUAUACAAAGUGGUAAAAAUAGCUACGUUUCAAAGAUUCUUCGACGCUGCUCUAAAAAUUUGGUCUCAUUUACAGCGCCACAAACUAGUUUUGGAAUAGCACCUUUGAUCAGUCUAAAAUCCUGUCACCAUUUAAAAUACCUUGACCUAGGGCUUGUUUCUGAGACGGUCAAUUUGAAAGAAUUAUUCCUUGCUAUAAAGAAUUUCCAUGAAUUAACGCAUCUUUCAUUCCCUAGGAGCUCUAUUGAAUGUGAGGGAUAUCAAGAAUUUGAGUGGCCGCCAAACUUACAAUAUUUGAAGCUUAGUGGGGGAAUUAGUAACGAAUUUGUUCAAGAAACUGUUUUCCCGAACACUAUAAAGAUAUUAGAGUUCUCAUUCUGCCCACAAAUCAACGAACACUCGAUAUAUACAGUAUUGGCAAAGAUAGGUGAUAACUUAACGCAGUUAUAUUUCCAUUAUCCAAUGCCAGCACUAAAAGAUAAUUCAUUGGACUACGUAUUCCGGUACUGUUCUAACUUAAAAGUUUUACAAUUAAUGAUAGAUUACUGCACAAAAUGGGUCUUUAGUGAACAUUUUUUCACGCAGUUACCAUACCCAAGACCACUAAAAACAUUAAUUCUUGAGUGUAGUGGUCACCUGGGUCAAACUUUCAAAAUCCAUCCUGAUGAUCUCACAAUUGCUAUAUACGAAGGCAGACUUCCCUGUCUUAAAACUGUGCGAAUAUCAUCCCGCUUGGGAUGGGACUCUCAUAAUGAUGAUGUAAGUGAUUUGGUGUCAUGUUUUGAGGAUAAGAAUAGUGGUAGUAUAUAUAUAACGUAUUGA